CCGACGUAAGCGCCGACGCAAUACGGCGGCCGGGUGUUCUGUGCCGGGGGAUCGCCGCUUUCUCCUUCGCCGCGCUGACUCCCUGCCAUGGAGUUUGUGGACCGGGCCGCGCGCUUCUUGCUGCCUUACUUGACCUUGAUGAUGCCGUGGGCAUUGAUGGGCUUAAUGGUGACCGGAUCCCUCGUUAAAGAAUUGGUGCCGCUGGAUGCUACUUACCUGAGUAACAAGCGCAACGUGCUCAACGUCUAUUUUGUGAAAUUUGCUUGGGCCUGGACAUUCUGUCUGCUGUUGCCAUUCAUCUCUAUAACCAACUACCAUGUCAUCCAGAAGAUUUUACCUGUACUUUUUCGCCUGUUCUCACUGUUGGUUGGUACUAUCAUUUGGUAUACAUGCACAAGUAUAUUUUGGCUCAUUCAGGACUUCACAGGCAGUUGUUACAAAUCAUCAUCCCUUGAUGUAGUGACUCAAGAACAUUCCAACAAGCUGCGGUGCCUACAAGCUGGUGGGAUAUGGCAAAAUUUUGAUAUCUCAGGACAUUCCUUCCUCCUUUCAUAUUGUGUUCUAAUGAUUCUAGAAGAGUUGGCUGUGAUGCCCAGUGUGAAAACCUUUCAGGGCUCCACACUGCACAUGGUGGUGAACAGCUUAUUCUUAGCAUUGACUUGUUUGACCUUUAUCUGGCUUUUCAUGCUUUUUACUACUGCUGUAUAUUUCCAUGAUUUUUGGGACAAGAUUUUUGGCACUUUGGUGGGCCUCUCUGCUUGGUAUGGAACAUACAGGUUUUGGUACCUGUCACCUUUAUCUCCUGGGCUUCCCCCCAAAAGAACCCUUUAUUUCCCGAAGUCUAAUCGUAGGCUAUAAAAUCAGUUUGUGGAUCAGAUUCUAUUUUAAAGAAUAUUCAUUUGUAAUUAUCUAGAUUUUAAGACAACUAUUAAUAAUAGUUAUUUAAAGUAUAUAUUUAAAGUGAGUGGCAAAAGACCAAAUACUGUUUGCAUGAUGAGUUUGUGGUAUAGUCCUUGAAAGUGAUUGAUAUCUUAGUAAUAUCAAGUAAUUGUUAAUCUUGGCUAACUGAAUGGAAACUGUUGACUGGAUUGGUAUUAGAAUAACUUGAGAGGAAAAUAUUCCUCUUUAAAACUCUACUUUUAACUAUGAAGAGGCAAAUUUCAUAGACAAAAAUACACUUAGAUACAACACUCAUAAUACAUUUUUAUUACAAAAAUGUAGGAUUCAAUAAAUGGACGCAUUUCUGGUUUGGUUAGAUAAAUUGACCGAGAUCGUACUUUAUUUGAGGUUCUAAUAAUUAACACAGUGAUAGAUACUUAAACAUUUUGUCUCAAAUUAUCUUGCUUGAAGUCAAGGAUGGAGCUUGAUGUAGAACAAAGUUUUCUUUGAGUUUGAUUUAAAUCCAUAUAUUAUUACAAAAAAGGAUAGCCAUAUUAGUCUUACGGUAUUUAGUGCCAUAGGUAAUUUUGGAUUUAUUUAUUUAAUUUAUAUUUCAGAUUUAAAUACCACCCAUCCCACAAAAAGUGACUCUGGGCGGUUUAAAAUAACUAUCCCCACCAUUCUGUUUAUUUCAACAUUCAACUUUGUUCAGAUGAAAUGGCUUGCCUCAUCCAACCUUUGUUCUCAAAUUUAUUUGACUUCUUUAGCAUAUCUUAAUAUGUCAUAUCUUUGGCAACAUGGUAUCUCUGAAUGUUGCAAAAUGCUUUAUAUUUGUAAUCAGAGCUGUCCUGUUACAGCAGGCUGUUGCUUGCAGGAUUGCAGCUUCCACAUUCUCUGCUUUUCAAUUAAUUAAAUAUGGCAGUUAGGAAAUCUACAGCAAUGUUCGUUUAUUGUUUAUGGGAGUCAUCUAGAAAAUGCUAUUUAUAUUGGUUCCUACAGCCAUCCUUCACAACAGGAAAAACAUAAUUCAUAAAGAAUCUUAUUUAAGGACUUUUUUAUUUUGUUUAGCUUCCUUCGAUACUUUGACUUUUUUCUCUACAACACAAGCUUAAAAUGUUAAUAUAUUUGUGUUAAUUGUACUUUCUACAGUUUUGCAUUUUGACUAACAGUAUUACACUAUAAGUGCAAUUAUUUUUAAUCUAAUUGAAAAAUAAUUCAGUUUUAUUGAAUGUUGCUGCUUUAUAUGUUAUAUUCAGCCUACUUUAUUUUUGUAUGUUCCUACUAUACAUUUAAUAAAGCUGCAUAGUUUGCAGCUA